UUCACAGUGGAAACCAGGACCCAAACCUAUGAUGAGUCGUAUUAUGAGUAUGUACCUGAUCUUCUGCAAUGGAAGACUGCAGAGGAACUAUGUAACCAGCGCUCUGGGGCCUUAGCAACCGCUUCCAGUCCUGCAGAGAACCAAGAGCUAGCCAGUUUUUUAAAAUCCUUGAACAUCUCUCAGCCUGUGUGGAUUGCCAGGAGACUCUUGAAAAGUUCCUCUGACACCCUGAUUUUGGACUUCUCUGGGCGCUCGGAUAGGAGACAUGCCCGUCUUGUGCACAAGUUUCCCUCCAUGGGCUCGGUGACCGUUUGCACACAACUCCGCUUUAAUCAAGAUUGCUUUGGAAGUUUCACGAUUUUCUCUUAUUCCAUCCCAUCCUUCACUAAUGACUUCCAGCUUCGAGCAAACCUGUCCCAGAGUAAGCCUGUGAAGUUGGCUCUUCUGGUCCACGGCAUUCACGGGCCUUACAUAGAGGCCUUUGCUCAUGACUUCAGCUGGCACUCAGUGUGUGUUUCCUGGAGCCAUAAAGGUGGACGUUGGACACUAUAUACUGAUGGUUUAAUGGUCUCAAGGGGUGAUGGCCUGAACAACACUGACAGCAUUGGCCCUAAUGGCCACUUUGUUGUUGGGCAGACGCAGGACACGUUCGCAGGCUCAUUCUCAGGGAGCAUCGCAGAGCUGCACAUUUGGGAUCGGGUGUUGAACAGCAGUCAAAUAAUCGCCAUGAAAAAGAGCUGUUCACCCAUCCCCACUGGGCUGGUGUACAAGUGGAAUGAAACGACCAUGGAUAUAGAGCGCUCCCUUAAAAAGGAGUGGAGAAACAGCCCAUGUGAAGAAAAUUCUUUCCCUGAGUUAUCCAGUAACCCCUCAUCAGAUGAAGACUGUGGCAUUUUUGAACCCGCUACUGAGAGCUCUGACCUAAUCAAGUGCAACUCACACAGAGGGGCUGUCUGUCAGUUUAAGAAGGAAGGAUUGGAUGAGUUCAGUCUACCAAAGUCACCAUUCUUCAGUUGGCUCAACAAGGAUCCUAAAACCAAACUGGUUAUGGAGGAGCUAAAUGUUAACACCUCCUGGAACAGGGAUCUGACCUUGCUUCAGCAGCUGACACAGAACGUUCUCUAUACGAUGAAGGGCGGUGGCCCUCAGCCCCUGACCUCCAGCGAUGUUUACUUCCUCUCCCAGAUGAUUGACAUGGUUGCAUCUACAGCUAGCUCUGCAAAAGAAAAUGCAACAAAGGUGCUGGAGUCCAUUGCUACCAACUAUGUAAAGAUUGCAAGUGUGAUGCUGGAGCCCCACAUGGCUGCGCAGUGGAUGGGUCGCACUACGGACGGGGUCAGCGUUGGACCGUUCACCCUUGUGAAGAGCAUUGACAGUCUCGCAGAAGUUGUGGCAGACACUCUGUCUGCAGAGCGAAAAGACUUCACUCUUGCUAGUAAGAACGUAGUUGUAUACAUGAAGUGGCAAAAACUGUCUCAAGAAAGCUGUAAUCAAGUCUUCAAGCCAUCUGCAGUCGGAUCUCACAGCACAAGCAGCAGCGUUCAUGAUGAGCUGCUCAUACCUGACUCCGAACUAAAGAGGAUACAUUCACUUGGGUGUGAGGAGGUUAUCUUUAUUCACACACACUACAGCCAUCUGAGCGAGGUUAUGUCUGAAGCAGAGGAGCCUGCGCCGAGUCAGCGAGAGAAAACUCAAAGAAUUUCUCCAGGUUACCUAACUUCUGCUGUCAUAUCUGCCACUGUCCGUGAUGCCUUGAAGGCCCAAACCAUUCCUGUGGCAGUCAAGUACACCCUUUCUUCUUCACAUGUGGUGGGAUAUUCACAGCGAGUUACUCCUACAUGUGCUUUUUGGGAUUUCAUCCCACUGGACUCUCAAUCAGGAAGCUGGUCCACUGAUGGCUGCUCUGUGAUCUUUGCCGGCUCCAGUGCCACGUCCUGUCUGUGCAACCACACCACCAACUUUGCCGUGCUGAUGAAUUACCUGGAGUCGAAGUGGAGUCCUGAGGAGGAGCUUAUUUUGACCAAGCUCACAUUCAUUGGUUCUGGAGCAUCACUGUGCGCGCUGGUGGUAACCUUGAUGCUGUUCACUGUGCUGGAUAUCCCAAAAUCUGACAGGACCUCCAUCCAUAAAAACCUGUUCAUCGCUCUAAUCUGUGCCCAGGUGAUUUUGCUCUGCAGUGGCUCAGCCAUUCACAGUAAGGUGGCAUGUACGCUCGUCGCUGCGCUGUUGCACCUCUUCUUCAUGGCAGCUUUUAGCUGGAUGCUGGUCGAGGGUCUGUUGCUCUGGAGCAAGGUGGUUGCAGUCAACCUGAAUGAAGAUUAUCACAUGAAGUAUUACUAUCUCAUCGGCUGGGGUCUGCCAGUGCUGAUAGUCACCAUCACACUAGCAUCAGCUUCAGGCAAAUACUCAGCUGAUGGGUACUGUUGGCUUAGUGUCCAGAAUGGAAUCAUUUGGGGCUUUGCUGGUCCUGUCAUCUUCAUCAUAAUGGUUAAUAUCUUGGUACUGACCAGGGUGGUGAUCAUCACCAUCUCCACCGCAAAGAGAAGGUCUAUCAUGUUGGCCCAGGGCACCAGUCCCGUGGAACAAGCCUAUGAGCAAAUCAGGGCUGCAGUGAAAGCGGUUCUGGUGUUGCUGCCGAUCCUUGGACUGACAUGGCUGUGUGGCGUUUUAGUACCUUUCUCCAUUGUCAUGGCCUACAUCUUCAUUCUCCUUAAUUCAUUACAGAUGUUCAGCAAUGUGAAAAUUAAG